GAACAUGCUUAGUCAACUUCCCAACGGCUCAUCGGCAACAUGCUGUGCGGAAAACAUCUCGCGAAGCUGCUGCGGAGUAGUGGAAGUCGCCAACUGUCCACGGAUGCGUUGGAAAAGUUCCGGAAGAUCAACUACGAGAAGAUCGGUAUCGUGGGCGUUCCGUUCGAGAAAGGUCAACGGAAGAAAGGCGUUGGUCUGGGACCGAAGGCGAUCCGUGAAGCUGGAUUGCUCGACAGCAUUCAGGAAAUUUCGAACAAGUUGGACAUCCGCGACUACGGCGACAUCCAGUAUGAGGCGUUGAACCUGCAAGGUCGUCUGGCGACCAACAUGAAGCAGCUGGAGCACGUGGCGAGCUGUACGAAGCUGCUCUCGCAGCGGGUGACUCGGGUGCUAAACGAGGAUCGACUGUGUCUGACGCUGGGAGGUGACCACGCCAUCGCGAUCGGCUCGAUCGAUGGACAUUUGAAGCACUGCAGCGACGUUGGAGUUAUUUGGGUUGAUGCGCAUGCCGACUUGAAUACGAAUUCCACGUCUCCGUCCGGGAAUAUCCAUGGAAUGCCGGUGGCGCUGUUGGCGAAGGAGCUGGCGGAUUACUGGCCGUACAUUCCUGGGAUGGAUUGGCAGGAGCCGAUUAUUUCGAUCAAGAAUAUGGUUUAUAUUGGGCUGCGGUCAGUGGAUCCGUACGAACGGGUAAUCAUCGAGAAGUUCGGUAUUCAUGCUUUUGGGAUGCGGGAAGUGGAAAGAUACGGAAUCAAAGAUGUUAUGAAGAUGGCUCUGGAGCGGAUCGAUCCCGAUGGGAAGAAGAGUUUGCAUGUGAGCUAUGAUAUUGAUUCGUUGGAUGUUCUGGAGGCGCCAAGUACGGGAACUGGAGUUCGAGGAGGUUUGACACUGCGAGAGGGAAUCUAUAUCAUGGAGGAGGCGUACAAUACCGGUCGGUUAGCAGCUGUAGAUUUGGUGGAAGUUAAUCCAAGCGUAGGGACUCCGGAAGAUGUCAAGAAAACCUUGGAUGCUGCCAUUCAUCUUCUGGUGGCAGCGUGUGGACACAGCAGAAUAGGGGAUAUUGCCGAUACGAUAGACCUGAUUAAAAAGUGAGUUCAUGCGAAUAAAGUGAUUUUUUUGUGAAUAAA